AUGUGGAUAAAUCGGGUGCGACGGCCGGCGACCAAUAUCGUCACUCAUUCGCCUCUUCCUCUGGCGAGGGCUCGUCAGCCAGCCCUCACCUCUCCAUGGCGAAGAUACGCAAGCACUGAGCAGGGAGCCCCAGGAAAGCCUUCUUUAUCCUCCCCGUGGUUCCGGAACACUCUAGGCUUGGUGGGAACAGGCGCUGCUGCUUUUUUGGCUUACACAUAUGCUACUACAAACGAGGAAACCCAGGCUGAAAGCCAAAAGGCCAAGAAGCCCUCUAAGCUUACUGGAGACUUGAGCUCUGAAUACGUCCAGAAGAAGAAAAGUUUGAAGAGCCCUGGUGUCUUUUUAUGGGGCUCGAAUGCCUACCGCGUUGUGGACCCGGAGUCCAAAGAAGCAGUUAUUAAAACCCCUCGAAAUGUCUCCUAUUUCGAUGGCGCUGCAAUCACCGAGAAUGGUGACCUGGUCCAAUGGGGCAAGGGCUUUUCAGAAUCCGACUUCAAGCCCCGCAAGACUCUGACCGGAAAGAAUCUCAAAUCAUUGUGCAUGUCUCAGGAUCGGAUUCUCGCGCUCUCGUCCGAUGGAAAUGUCUACUCUUUUCCUAUUGCAAAGGAGGACCAGGAAUCCGGCCGUAAGCUCCGGGAGAGCUCAUGGUUGCCUUUUGGAUCUGGACAGGCCUCCGUAAGUUACCGCUUGCUCAAGCCGAGUUUGGGCUUGGGCGAGAAGGUCACUUCUAUCAGUGGUGGGCUGGAACAUGCGUUGCUAUUGACAAGCUCCGGUCGAGUCUUUUCAGUGGCAUCUGCCACUGAGGGUUUCCCUUGUUUCGGACAACUUGGUAUCCCAGGAUUAUCUUGGAAAACUCGACCCAGUGGGCCGGUAGACGCCUGCCAUGAGAUUACCGCGCUCAAAGGUACCAAGAUUACUCAAAUUGCUACCGGUGACCAUCAUUCAUUGGCACUUAGCAAGGACGGCCGCGUAUUUGCCUUUGGAAACAACUCGUUUGGGCAGCUGGGAAUGCCAUUCGAGCCCUCAUUACCCUUCAGUGAUAUUCCUGUCAUAGUGCCUCUUGCGAAGCUUUACCGAGGCGAUUCUUGGCUUGCUAAAGCAACCGGUAUUGCAGCUGGUGGUGCCAACAGCUUCUUUACCGUGGAUGCACAACGGGUUCUUGGCUCGAGAGAGGAUCCCUCCAAUGUCCGUGACCUUGGCCAGAUCACCGCUGAUACCUGGACUUGCGGUAGAGGAAUCUGGGGUGCUCUAGGCAACGGAAAAUGGACUCAUUUGCAGGACUCUCCUACGAUGGUCAAGGCCUUAAGUGGCUUGUCCGAAUAUGACGAGCGUACGAAGAAGAUCACGCCGAUUCGAUUGCGUGAGAUAAUGGUCGGGACAACGCAUGCUUCAGCUGUAUUGGACAACAAGACCCAUGUCAACCCGUCGCCUUCUGAGUCGUUGGAUAAGACCAAUGACUGGGGCUUUGAUGUACUCUGGUGGGGAGGAAACGAGCACUUCCAACUCGGAACGGGCAAGCGAAGCAACUCAUCCAAGCCAACACAUAUCAAUGUGCCUCCGGAUCCUAAAGAAAAGGAUGAUCAGCAGGAGGCCCGGCUUCAGAUCAUGCCCCGACACAAGGGCAAAGCUGGGAACCGAAACGUGAGCAUGGAACAGCGUGUGGAAUUCGCCAUAAUGCCUCGCGAAAACCAGAAGAGAGGUCGCCGAGCGGAGGACAAGGCCAAGAAGGACGCAUCGAAACGAAAGCGCGAUGAAGCACCUGAAGAUCCCGUCGUCAAGCGGGUGAAACCCUCGGCGGACGAGAUGGAUGUGGACAAUGUCGACAAUGGCGAUAAUGGCGAUAAUGAAUUCUACCAAGAAGCGGAUUAUAUUCCCCUGGGUGAACCUCAAGGCGAAGGCGAAGGGGAAGGCGAAAACGAUGGACCCUCCGGCGAUAUGCCCUUCUACGGUCUUCUCGAUCCCGAAGAACAAGAAUAUUUCUCGCGGGCGAGCGAGAUGUUGGAGUUGAACCAAUUCGGCGAUGCAGAGGAGCGGUUAACAUUCGUCGAAAGUGUCUACCAAGAGGCCAAUGGAAAGGAAUUGAAGAUUGCCUGCAGUCAGUCCUGCUCGAGACUUAUGGAGAAACUGAUCUCCAUGUCCGACAUUCGCCAAAUUCGAAGACUUUUCAGCAAAUUUGUCAGCCAUUUCUUGCACCUCGUGCAGCAUCGGUUUGCGAGUCACUGUUGCGAAACACUAUUCAUCCAUGCGGCACCAGGCGUGACACAGAAGGUCUCGAAGUCCAAGAACACAGGAGAGGAAGACGAGGAGGAGCCACAAUGGACUCUGGCAGAGAUGUUUAUGAAGGUUGUUGAGGAACUGGAAGGAAAUUGGGGAUACUUGUUGACGGAAAGAUUUGCAUCCCACACAAUUCGAGUUCUCCUUCUUGUUCUUGCGGGAGAGCCUGUUGAUCUCUCGACAAGCGAUUCAGUUGUCGCAAGCCGGAAGAAAGAAAGACAUGGUGUCCCGAGUGCUGAAACACAAGAGGAGGGUACUGCUCCCCAAAAGAGAAGUGUGCCAGAGUCAUUUGAGGCCACUCUAAAGAAGAUCAUGAACGACAUGGUUUCGGGACUCGACAACACCUACUUGCGUGCAUUGGCUACUCACCCGGUCGGAAACCCAGUUUUGCAAGUCCUGUUGUAUCUGGAGCUCUCUCACUUUGGAAAGUCUAGCGUCAAGGAUCCAAAUUCGAUCACUAAGAGACUUGUUUCGGAUGAUACUUUCGAAGAAGGGUCAGAAAGCACAACCUUUGUUCGCGGCUUGCUAUACGAUCCUGUGGGUUCCCGCUUGCUUGAGACAAUUGUUCGGAAUUCGCCCGGUAAAUUUUUCAAGAGCCUCUAUAAAAACAUUAUCUGCGAACGCAUCGGCUCCCUUGCACGGAAUCAAACUGCUGGCUAUGUUGUUCUCCGUGCACUGGAACGACUUGGAAAGGAUCACCUCCAAAAGGCAAUGGAGCUCAUCAUUCCUGAAGUAUCUGGUCUUAUCGAGCGAUCGCGGUUGAUCGUUCCUAAGGUCCUCAUUGAGCGAUGCCUUGUCCGUGGAGUCAACACGGAACCCCUUGCAAAGGCACUGGAGGCCGCUUACGACAAUGACCCUGUCCGAAGGCUAGAGCAGAUGCUCAAGCUCGAAGGUGCACCUAAGGAUUCCGAUAAGGAGUUUGAGCAAAAGCAAAACCAAACCUCCAAUGCCGCUGAGAAACUACAUGGGUCUCUGCUUGCACAGGCAAUGUUGACCGUUCCGGGUUCUCUCAGUGGACUCAUCUUCUCCACUCUACUGGCACAGAGUUCAGAGUCGAUAAUCCAGAUCUCCAAGGACCCUACAGCAUCCCGGGUCUUGCAGCGAGCACUUACCCUUCCUACAUCCACCCCUCAGUUUCGUCGACAGUUCGUCACCCGGUUCACUGGACAUCUCAAGGAUCUCGCACUUGACAGCAGUGGAUCCCAUGUAGUAGAUGCUUUGUGGCCGGCCACCAAGGAUGUCUUCUUCGUCAAAGAGAGAAUGGCUCAGGAGCUUGCGCAGAAUGAAAUGAUUCUCCGAGACUCUUUUGUCGGCAGAGCCGUCUGGAGGAACUGGUCAAUGGAUCUGUACAAGAGACGCCGUGGCGAGUGGGCCGCUAAAGCCAAGGGUCGUGACCAACAGUCUGAUGGCAGCAACGGCCAGGGAGGUCGACCCAAGUCGAGAAUCGAAUUGGCGCGGGCGAAGCUUCUGAACGCAGUCCAGGACCUUCUGAUUCCCUUCAUCCGAUCCGCCGACGAGAGCCCCUCCAGCCAUGAAUCGCAUCAAAACGGGACCAACGGAGUCAAUGGAGCGAACGAAACCAAGAAAUUAAAUGGAAGUAUCCAAGGAGCAGGCGCAUCAUUGGUGGAUUACAAAAAGCCAGAGGAACUGCAGAAGAUUCUGCAGCUGGAGCUUCCUGAGAAAGGCACUCGACAAGAGGGCCUGAUCGAGCUCCUCCAAAAGGUUCUUCGGUACUCAGUCAAUACCUGGCACCAGGGAUUCCUGGACAAGCUGUAUGCAUCGACAAAUGCCCCUGGUGUGGCGUCGGAAUUGAUCCUGGCAACCCUCAACACCAACGUGCACGUCUACCAGGUUUCGCCCGCUUUGACGGUGAUCGAGAAGUACACCGGACAGCAACUAGCUGCCCUAUUUGGCCUUGAUGGUCCUCGUUCUGGCGGUAUCUCUGUCCAGGGAGGUUCCGCAUCUAAUACAACGUCGAUUGUGAUUGCGCGCAACAAUCUUUACCCCAGUACGAAGAAGGAUGGCAAUGGCGACUACAAAUUCGUGCUCUUCACAAGCGACCAUGGACACUACAGCAUAGAAAAGGCAGCACAAAUGCUGGGGCUUGGUAGCAGUUCAGUUUGGGCCGUACCCAUUGAUAAGCAGGGUCGGAUGAUUGCGUCAGAGUUAGAGAAGCUGGUUCAAAAGGCCCUCAAUGAGGGCCGGACACCGUUCUACGUCAAUGCCACGGCUGGAACAACUGUCAUGGGCUCGUUUGACCCAUUCAACGAGAUCGCUGACAUCUGCAAGAAGUACAAUCUGUGGUUUCACGUUGAUGGCUCGUGGGGCGGUUCGUUUGCCUUCUCAAGACGACAAAAGCAGAAGCUGGCAGGUGCGGAGAAAGCAGACAGUAUCGCCAUCAACCCGCAUAAGAUGCUGGGGGUUCCGGUAACAUGUUCCUUCCUUCUGGCCGCCGACAUGCGUCAGUUUCACAGAGCCAACACCCUUCCGGCCGGCUACCUUUUCCAUAACGAGGACACCGCCAACGGCGACUUCAUUCCCGACUCCGAUUUGGAGGUGGAUUCUCCCGAAGUGUGGGAUCUGGCAGACUUGACAUUGCAAUGCGGACGACGAGCAGACUCAUUGAAACUCUUCAUGGGAUGGACAUACUACGGCACCGAAGGCUACGAGCAGCAGGUCGACACAGCCUGUGACGUAGCCGCCCAUCUGGCAACACUCGUAUCCGAAAACCCCAACUUCAUCCUCGUUAGCGAGAACCCCCCACCCUGUCUCCAGGUCUGCUUCUACUACGCCCCCGGUGGAGAGCUCGUCCAUCCGCGCGGCGUCGUGUCCAACGAAGCCCAGCGCGGGAAGCAAAACAGCAAGGUCACCGAACAGGUCACGCACGCUAUCGUGAACAAGGGAUUUAUGGUUGACUUUGCGCCUCCUAGCGGUGAUGAGGACGCGGUUGGAAACGGCAAGUUCUUCCGCUGCGUGGUCAACGUCCAGACCACUAGGGAAACUGUUGAAGCCCUCGUGCGUGCCAUCGAAGAGGUGGGACCUGCUAUUGUCGACGAUUUGAAAGCAAACGAUGCAUCUUCGUCUCAUAGGAGAGUUGGGGAAAGGGGACAUGGGCCUGUUGUCCACCAUGCUUAA